CAUUCCACCUUCCCGAAUUACACGACAUUAAAAGCCGUACUUCCGGAAUCCACACAGUAGCAGAGAGAGAGUUAAGAAGAAAAAAAAAUCCCCUCGCUUUAAAAUCAGAGAUGACUUUGUAAAAUGGUGAGUUGGAUUUUUAUUUAGCAAUCGUAAUCUACUAGCUGUGGGUUUGCGCUUGACGAGGAGACGGUGCGUUUUUCAGUGAUGAAGUUUGGCCAAAGCCAGCCGAAAAAGCCAAGUCGCUCUUUCUUGGUCGUCGUCUUCGAGGCGCAAUGCAUGCUGGGUAAUCGUUACUUGUCUAAUAUGGCGCUGACCAGAUGGGAGAUCUGAAGUAAAAAAAAAAAAAUCAUUGUUUAUAAAUUAUGGACAGUUGAAGUCGUUUAUAGAUUUUCAACCUCUUCAAAGUGAGCUUGUUUCUAGGAAGCAAUAUUUCUGAAAUGCUGCUGGUUCGUGUAUAGAUGAGUUUAAAAUAGAACGUGAAUCCCUCUCCAUUACUGCCUGUAUCAUCUUUAGGCAUUGCAAGACCUGCUGGUGCUGCUGUUGGCUGGUACUGUCUCACCAUGGAUCCAAACCACUGGAGUAAUUACAAUCAGCCCUACAGCCGAAUUAACCACAAUAGUACCAUGCCCUCAGCCCACAGUUCCAUUAACCGUUAUGAACUGCCACUUUUGGAUCAAGGAAUCGGAACAGCUGUUUCCUGCCUUAACCGUUAUGACUUGCCGCUACUGGAUCAAGGACUUGGAACAGGUCUAGGGGCAUUGUCCCCAUCUCUCUCCCCACAUACAAGUUUACCACCAGCUCGUGGUCUUGGGGGUAUUCCACAAGUAAACUAUGGCCAUCCAUUACACAAUUCAGUCACUCAGUUUUUGGAUAGUAUGAAUCUACAAUCAUCCUUCCCUAGCCAAUCACAUUACAAACCGGUUCCCACCUCUUUUCCUUUUGAUUCAGCUCCUCGGUCAUCGGCAGAACAACCAACCUGUUACAGCUCGGGGAGGUACGUGACCUCCUCUCACAGUGGAGUUCCUGCUCACAGUAAAUCUCUCUUCAAUCAAGAUUUUCAUUCAAGCAAAGAUUUAGCCAGCAGCCUCACCCCAUCUCCUAUGUCACCCAAUCCUCAUGUUCCUGAAGCAAGUAGCAAAAGCUGGAGUCUGUCUAAUUUUGUCCCAACCUCAUCAAAUCCCUUUGCAAAUCUCACUAACGAGCUCUCUGGACCAGGAAAUUAUGCGCCAGCGUCUCCUAGUCCCCAACAACACAUUCCUCCCCCAGCUCACAGCACCAACAGAGCAAUCAGUAGUCUUUCUCAAAGAAGCCCCUACCAGCCAGACCCUAUCUACUGUUCAACUUCUCUACCUAGUAGUAAGUCGGUUCCAUCUCCACAGUUACCGCCAGUCUAUAGCCGCACCACUUCACAAUCAACAAAACCGGCCCACUCGCCACAGUUGCCUUCUUCAUACAAUAUGUCCAACAUGAAUCAUGAGCAACAACAACCUGCUACCCCCCUCUCUCAACCUCCAACACCAAGACCAUCAAAUUAUUCUUCCCCCCAGGACUUAGAAAAUAUGUCUGGCUCACAGUCACCCAUGUAUGAUCCCUACAGCUGCAUCAGUACUAAAAGUUAUUCUGUAGCAUCUAGUGCUCCCACUUACUCUUCUGUAAAUCAUGUGACACCCGAGAUGGGCUAUGAUCCUGUUAGUCCAACUCAACCACUCUCCGAACAACCAUCUCAACAGCAUCAACAGGGGGAUUCUUUCUGUACAGUCUCUUUGCAAGAUUUGGCUUCAAUUGGAUCUAGUCAAGACCGCAUGCAAGAUAUGAAAAAUCGAGAAAGUGUGUUGCUUCAAGAAACCUCUCAUAUCAUGCUGCACAGUACUGCCAAUAAGGGAGUCUCUCCUUCACUUUCUGAUCUGCAGCAGACUGUCCAGAGUAUCACCUCACGCCCUCAGACUAUUCCAGCAGCACACAACAUGCAUAAUGGCCAACUUUCUCAAAGUGUUCACAGUCCCAUGCAGCAAUCACCUAUCAGUGUGGGGAGUCCGCAGGCUCCAAUAGCACUUGGAAGCCCGCAGACUCCUCUUCCCAGUUCCACUAUAGUGCAAGCACCUCCUCCAGUUCAAGCGGUUGCUGAUUCAACAACCAAACCCAAACGUGGACGUGGACGCAAGAAGAAAGACAUAAUUUAUGACAAAGCUCUUGAACUUGGACAAGAACAUUUAUUUAAUGAAGAACCCCUAAAUAUGACGCAAGGAACAGCCAAUGUAUUCCCCAACAUGGCACAGGUGAUGUCUCAGCAGUGCCAUGACACCCUUCCUCCACAACCAUUAACUGAAGAUACCCUGAGCCCCACUUACCAAGACCACGUUGACGAACAGCGACUCAAAGUUCAGAACGUCAGUCCUGUUUUAGACCCUUCUUUAUCUGUCGGUCGCUUAAAUGACCACCACCAGGAUGCAUCUCCUGUAAGUAUGCAACAGUUUUCAGUACGAGGUAAUGUUGAGAGCUCUCAACAUGGAUCUGAUCAUGUGACAAACAUGCACCCCCCAUCAGUAUCUGGUAGUAUUGGUAGUCCACAAGGUGUUUUAUCGGAGGAUAUGCCCAGUGCCGCUACACCUCUCUCUGAACGUAUUGAACAGCCAUCUGCCAUUACUGACCAAUACUCAGAUAGUUUAACUCCACCCACAACAACGCCAGAUCUACCAGAUAUUCAGAACUAUGGUAUGAGGCGCUUGACUGAAUCAUCUUAUGUUAAUACGAUGGCAUCCCAACUUGGCCCCGGCCAGAUGAAUUUGCACCAGCAGGAUCCAAUGUGCCAAGACAGUAUGACGCUUUCUAAGCAGAAUGCAUCUUUGCAAAUGCAACCUCCUCCAUCUUACAUGAACUUCUCUCAGGUAUCAACGCCAAAAGAUUUGGUACCUGCUUCUAACAGUUUUGAAGAUUUAGCUAUGGAUAAAGAUGGUGAUGCACCCGAAUUCGAUGAUUUAGUUAAUGCCAACACUGCUGAUACGAAGCGACAGUUGCUCUCUCAAGAAGACGAGACCAUUGGAGCAGCUAUGGCUACCAUUUCUGCUGACUUCUCUUUGUCCGAUAAAAAGCAAAAAAGAAGUCGUACUAAAGCAGAACAAAAACAAAUGCCUACCAAUGUAAUAGCUGUUACACUCCAGGCUGAGUUUGAUGAAGAAUUCCAACACUUGCAAGAUAAAGUUAUGCUUGAUGGUGAACUGCUGAGAAAAACGGAGAAUAAAUCCAAAAAGUGUUUUGAUGCUUUCCAAGAAAGCUACAUAAAUUUCUUACAAGGUAAAAAAACAGAGACGCUCUCCAGCCUGAGUUAUUCUAAUAUUACUAGACGCACCCAUGCUACGAAAUAUGAUCCAAGGUUUUAUAAUUCUAUAUUAAAUAAUUUGCCAGUUGGUGAUUUUGGAACUGGGUAUAAAAGACCUCUUACUACUACAACAGAUUUGGGCAGUUCUAAAUUGAAUGAUACAUUGGGCAUGAAUCAGCCUGCAACCCCUUUUUCUGAUGAGGAGAACAGUAUUAAUACAGUUGAAGAUUUAUUUCAGAAUCUUUGUGAUAACUUUGAAUCUGACAAUCAGAUGCAUAGACAGUCAGUAGAGUUUGGACGGGGUCCUCGUCGUGGGCGGGGAGGCCGUGGCAGUAGAGGGCCCCGUGCAAAACGAGCACGUGGUAGGAGCCGAACUUUCUCUGGUGAAAGAGAAGUUAUGGAGUUCUUUGAUAAAGGAACAACAGAAAACGAUGUUGAAAAACCCAUUGUACCUGUGUUACCUUUAAGGCAAACUUCUUCUCGUAAGGCAAAAGAAAAAACCCUCACACGAAGAAAGCGCAAAAAUGAACUCGGCUCUGAUUCUGGAAGUGACACAGACCACGUUGCUGGUAUGCUUUUUGGCCUCAAGAGUGAUAGUGCAGACAGUGCUGAGAACUAUGAUUCUGAUAAAGACCCUGCUUGGACUCCAUUUGCCAUGGAAAAAAAACCAGCCACAUUUGAUGAAACUGAGUUUCCUGAGAACAAACCAAAACGGGCUCGGAGUCGUGGACGAGCUAGGGGCAGAAUUACCAAUAGACUAAACAGUCGCCGAUCAAGAGGCAGAGGACGGAAAAAUUUUGCUUUGAAUAUGUUAGAACCUCUGUUAACUGAAGUACCAGAAGAAGGUGAAAAUGGUACUAAAAACUUUGAGGAACAUCAAUUUAUUAUAGAAAAGAAAGAUAUGGAAAAUUAUGAUAAAUUUCCUGUUUGGAAAAUUGAAGCGGGAAGACUUCAAAAAUAUGAACUAGUAAAUGAAGAUGGGAAAAUUAGACACAGAGCUGUGCCAACAUAUAGAACUUGGACUGCAGCCUGGAGAAAACAGUUCAGUCCUAUUAAAACCAAAUUAAUUUCUCAAGGGUUUAAUUCAGAAAUUGUAGAAGUAGAAGAUGAAUUUUUUCCAAGACCCUCAUAUAAAAACAGUGAAAUAUCAGAACCCAGUCCUCAAAUGAAAGAGCUUUCUGCCCAACAGCCCGAUCUCGCUCCAUCACCCUUGGUGGCCAAAGAAAGGUCCGACAGUGAAAGUGAAGAAGAAGACGACGAAGUAGAUGACGACGACGAUGAUGAGAAGAGGAAUUCCGAGUCUUCUGAAAGUGAAUCUGAAUCCGACAUAGAAGAUGCUCCUGUACAUAAUUUUGAGCCCGGAAAGUUUAUUAUUGAAGUUAAGGACCUUUCAAACUAUGAAAGUUACCCCAUAUGGAAAAUUGAAAAUGGAAAGAUGUUACACAAAUAUGAAUUAAUCAUAGAAGAUGGGAAGAUUCGACACCGAGCUGUUCCUACAUACUCCAGUUGGAUGCCAACCCUUCGUCAACAGUUCAAACCAAUUAGAGCGAAAUUAAUAUCUCAAGGUUUCAACAAAGAAAUAGUUGAAGUUGAAGAACCAUUCCGGCCCAAACCUCCUAAUGAUGGCAGUCUGGAGAGACAAUAUGAAGAUGACCCUUUAGUAGAGUCUUUCAACAUAUACAUGCGAAUAUUCUUGAGCCAGGCUUUGGAAUCUAACUUCUUAAGCAUCAUCAUUGCUACUAAUGACCAAUUUUUUCUGAAAGCCUUGCAGACAAUUGAUAGCCUAAUUGAUAUGAAAGUUAAUGAAAUUGAUUCAAAGGUCCGGUGGAACGACAAAUUUAAAGACUGUCUGAAACUUAAACCUGUUAUGCGGGAGCUUGACCGACCAAAUCUAAAGCAAUCCUGUCAGGCAUGUGAAAAUGCUAGUCAACCUGCCAUAAAGUCCAUCCAUUUAUAUGGUCAACCGUAUGACCUAUCCAAUCUUGGAGAGAAUUCAGUGGACCCAGAAGAAAAUGCAAAUGUUGCACAGGAAUUCAUGAUAGGCAAGACAGCUGCUAUGUAUGUUGGCUCCUAUCAUAGCUUAUAUCAUUUCAAGUACCACAUCUAUGAAAGGUGCUUAGCAAAGAUAAAUAUUAUCAAAGAAAGUGGCAAUUAUUUGGACAAUUCUGAAGUUAUUAAUCAGUGUCUCCAAAACAGAGCUUGGAUCCUCAAGCUCUUUGAAGAUUUGAAGACUUUGCUUGAAAAGACAUGAAAUUUUCUUCUUUCAUUAGAUAAAUAUAGUUGCCAAGUGUAAAGUUGGUAUCUGCCACUGCCAAUGUCGACCAGAGUUGUGCUAAGAAAAACAGAGGAAAAAAGCAGCAACUGAAUUUUUUUUUUUUGAAUUUUUUUUUUUUCUUUGGGAUAAUCUUCCUAACAACAACAACAGCUACUAUAACUACUUUCAAAGGAUUUGCUGCAGGUGCUGCUGCUUUUAGUUACCCUUCUAAUGGACCACAAUUUUUUUCUCCUCACCUUAUUGAAGAAAACAACACAACUGUGAUGUUAUAUAUGUCAACACUCAAAAUAACAAGACAAAAAUGUGAUUUUUAAAAAAAAUAUCUUUUACUAUCACUUUCUCAUAAACUAUUUUUUAAGCUUGUAUACCUAUAAAAGCAGUCCUCAAUACAUUUUGUUAAUAAGCAAUCUUUUAUUUUCUAUCUCGUUUACACUUCAUUCUUCACACCUACUUAAAGAUCCUGCACAAAGGUUCUGUUUCUUUCUUUAAUUCAUGCCAUAUCUUUUCUGAAUCUCCUCAGAAUUGACAUGUAUCUACAAAUUAACACAAAUCACCAGAAUAUUAAGACAUGUCUAAAUCAGUUUCUACACUAAUUAGAUAUUAAUUUUAUAGUUGAAUUUUU